AAGCAUUUGCAUGUGAUUGAGCCAUCUGUUCUCUCGGAAGAUGUUUGUAUGUACCGAAUCGCAGGCGCUUGUAGCUGAACGCCGUGAGGUGUCAUGAGCUUCGACAUGGUCCAGCGACUACCUUGAGCUGGACGCGGACACUGCAUCGAUUCGAUCACAUCACCAGACAUACCACGCCUUGGCAGCUAUGACAUCUUUCGCGACUUGAAGCGCAUAUACCGGUUUGGCACCGCGUAGAAACAUCGUCGUAACGUCUCUCCUGCUGUCCGGAGGAGCAACUCUUUUUCUACCCUUCACGAGGGCGACGACAACACCCUACGAGUUCCGACGGUAUACUGCAGCGGCGCAGGCGCCUGCUCGUUUCAACGCAGUAUGACCUCCCAAUACCAGAUCCCAUCGACGCCACGGGUGAUUUCACCCUCGCCGACACCUUCUGAUACGAGUAGCAAAGAUGGCUACUUCACGUACCAGACACGCAGUAAGACUGCCAGGCUAGGCUCUGUCGAGCCAAUCGAAGAGGGCGCAGACGAUCCCGAACUUGCGCGAGCGCGAGCACGGGAACGCAGUCCACAGCUCGAGCGCGUACCUACCAGUAAACAGACCCAGCUCAAUGGCAGCAUUGCAACAAGCGCCAAAGCCGGUAUGCCGUCCGCCGCAGUCUCCCAUGCGACACGGCGAAAGAAAGAUAUCGACAGCAUCAAGCCACCCAAUGGUGCAGCGCCUCUACCCACAGCAGACAGUCUUCUAUCUCCCAAUGCCGCCCUACCACAAGGCUACGGCUCGGCGUACUGGCGGUCCCUCUCCCGCUCUCCUUCACCACUCGGCCUGAUACCCAUCCAUCGGGAAUGGCGUGCUUUUGUCCACAAACACGAAGUUCCGCGCAAGCUCCUGCACGUUAGUAUCGGCUUUCUCGCUCUGGGGCUCUACUACUUUGGAUAUCAGCCUUCGCAAAUCCAUCCCUUACUUCUAAGCCUACUAAUCCCGAUCUUCAGCCUGGACUUGCUCAGAUUCCGGUGGCUGGCGUUCAACAGGGUAUACAUCAAAACGGUGGGAGCGUUCAUGCGAGAGAGCGAGGCGCACGAUCGCUUCAACGGCGUUAUCAGCUACCUUGCGGGACUGUGGGUCACGAUGCGCUUCUGCCGAAAAGACGUCGGUAUCAUGAGCGUGCUCCUGCUGAGCUGGUGCGAUACGGCCGCCUCGACAUUCGGGCGGCUGUGGGGAAAAUACACGCCUCGCAUACGUCGCGGCAAGAGUCUCGCGGGCAGUCUUGCCGCCUUCAUAGUCGGUGUGGCGACGGCUGUGCUGUUUUGGGGCUUCAUCGCACCUUCGGGCAGGGGUGGUACGUUGAACAAUGGUGUCAAUAGCUUCGCAUUCGAGGGCACUCUCACGGUGCCUUCUCAGGCGAGGAAUGCGCUGGGCUUGAGCGAGCGGCAAGCGACUGUUAGCGGUGCGUCGGCGUUGGUUGUUCUAAGUGUGAUAUCUGGUCUGGCGGCGAGCGUGAGCGAAGCGAUUGACCUGUGGAAUCUGGAUGAUAACCUUACGAUACCCAUACUUUGCGGCAUAGAGCUGGGACUUUUCCUAUGGGGUUUCGGUGCUAACCAGGGUGUUUCAUAGCGAUACUGUACAGCGCACUCUUCGCCCAAUCUGUCAUCUCGUGCUGCGCAUACCGCGGUAGCAGCCCGCCACGCAUGGUCUUUCUGAAAGCGCUGUUCGCUGCGCGAAUGUGCAGCAGAGAUAACAACGAGCUGUGGGUACUUUUUAUUACCCGCCUGUGGUAAG